AUGUCACGUCUUCACGUGUUUUCAUUCAUUUUAUUGGUUCUGUUGGCACUAGCGCAAGCCAGUAGUCUCUACCGAUUCAAAAAUAACCAGGACAACGCCAUUCCCAGAAGUUCCUUACUCAUAUCUGGACGAGGCUUUAUGCCUGGUUUUGUUGAUCAGCCAUCUUCCAUCUUUCUCAAAAAACGUGGCCAAGUAGGCUUUUUCAAUGCCCAAGAAGAUAAGCGCAGCGGAAGAUCAGUUGUACCCAGAAGCGGAGUGCCCCGAAGUGGUUUGCUGAUAUCCGGUCGCGGUUGGCUCCCAGGCUUUUAUGAACAAGACUGGACAAAUCAGAUAUAUUUAUAA